CGGGAGGGACCUGCGCCCGCCGCCGUCGGGGACGCGGCCUCCCUCCCGGCUGCAGCGCGGCCAGUCCGCGCGACGGCGCCCGCCCGCCAGGUGCCCGGAUGAGAAGGAGCUGACAACAGCAGAGUGUCACCUUCUCUGAGUGCUGGGAAGCAGGGCUGUGUGGCCCGAGUGGCACCAAUGCCGAAGAACAGCAAGGUGACCCAGCGUGAGCACAGCGGUGAGCAUGUCACGGAGUCGGUGGCCGACCUGCUGGCCCUUGAGGAGCCGGUGGACUACAAGCAGAGCAUCCUGAAUGUGGCAGGUGAGGCCGGCGGCAAGCAGAAGGCGGCAGAGGAGGAGCUGGAUGCGGAGGACCGGCCGGCCUGGAACAGCAAGCUGCAGUACAUCCUGGCCCAGAUCGGGUUCUCUGUGGGCCUGGGCAACAUCUGGAGGUUCCCCUACCUGUGCCAGAAAAAUGGAGGUGGUGCCUACCUGGUGCCCUACCUUGUGCUGUUGAUCAUCAUCGGGAUCCCACUCUUCUUCUUGGAGCUGGCUGUGGGCCAGAGGAUCCGCCGCGGCAGCAUUGGUGUGUGGCACUACGUGUGCCCCCGCCUGGGGGGCAUCGGCUUCUCUAGCUGCAUAGUCUGCCUCUUUGUUGGGCUGUAUUAUAAUGUUAUCAUCGGGUGGAGCAUCUUCUACUUCUUCAAGUCUUUCCAGUACCCGCUGCCCUGGAGUGAAUGUCCUGUCAUCAGGAACGGGACUAUGGCAGUGGUGGAGGCAGAGUGUGAGAAGAGCUCAGCCACUACUUACUUCUGGUACCGAGAGGCCUUGGACAUCUCCAACUCCAUCUCGGAGAGUGGGGGCCUCAACUGGAAGAUGACCCUGUGCCUCCUGGUGGCCUGGAGCAUCGUGGGCAUGGCCGUCGUCAAGGGCAUCCAGUCCUCGGGGAAGGUGAUGUAUUUCAGCUCCCUAUUCCCCUAUGUGGUGCUCAUCUGCUUCCUGGUCCGGGGGCUGCUGCUGCGAGGGGCCGUCGAUGGCAUCCUGCACAUGUUCACCCCCAAGCUGGACAAGAUGCUGGACCCCCAGGUGUGGCGGGAGGCGGCCACCCAGGUCUUCUUUGCCCUGGGGCUGGGCUUCGGGGGCGUCAUUGCCUUCUCCAGCUACAACAAGCAAGACAACAACUGCCACUUUGAUGCUGCGCUGGUGUCCUUCAUUAACUUCUUCACCUCGGUGCUGGCCACCCUCGUGGUGUUUGCUGUGCUGGGUUUCAAGGCCAACAUCAUGAACGAGAAGUGUGUGGUCGAGAAUGCCGAGAAAAUCCUGGGGUACCUCCACACCAACGUCCUGAGCCGGGACCUCAUCCCUCCCCACGUCAACUUCUCGCACCUGACUGCCAAGGACUACACAGACAUGUACAGAGUCAUCAAGGCCGUGAAGGAGGACCGUUUCUCAGCCCUGGGCCUUGACCCCUGCCUUCUGGAGGACGAGCUGGACAAGUCCGUGCAGGGCACAGGGCUGGCUUUCAUCGCCUUCACCGAGGCCAUGACGCACUUCCCUGCGUCCCCCUUCUGGUCUGUCAUGUUCUUCCUCAUGCUCAUCAACCUGGGUCUGGGCAGCAUGAUUGGGACCAUGGCUGGCAUCACCACACCCAUCAUCGACACCUUCAAGGUGCCCAAGGAAAUGUUCACAGUGGGCUGCUGUGUCUUUGCAUUCUUCGUGGGGCUGUUGUUCGUCCAGCGCUCCGGGAACUACUUUGUCACCAUGUUUGAUGACUACUCGGCCACCCUGCCGCUCACCGUCAUCGUCAUCCUUGAGAACAUUGCCGUGGCCUGGAUCUAUGGAACUAAGAAGUUCAUGCAGGAGCUGACGGAGAUGCUGGGCUUCCGGCCCUAUCGCUUCUAUUUCUACAUGUGGAAGUUCGUGUCUCCACUGUGUAUGGCUGUGCUCACCACAGCCAGCAUCAUCCAGCUGGGGGUCACGCCCCCGGGGUACAGCGCCUGGAUCAAGGAGGAGGCUGCCGAGCGCUACCUGUAUUUCCCCACCUGGGCCAUGGCCCUGCUCAUCACCCUCAUCGUCGUGGCCGCCCUGCCCAUCCCCGUGGUGUUCCUCCUGCGGCACUGCCACCUGCUCUCCGACGGCUCCAACACCCUGUCCGUGUCCUACAAGAAGGGCCGCAUGAUGAAGGACAUCUCCAACCUGGAGGAGAACGACGAGACCCGCUUCAUCCUCAGCAAGGUGCCCAGCGAGGCGCCCUCCCCCAUGCCCACCCACCGCUCCUACCUGGGGCCUGGCAGCACGUCCCCCCUGGAGACCGGCGGCAACCCCAACGGACGCUAUGGGAGCAGCUACCUCCUGGCGGGGACCCCGGAGUCGGAGCUGUGACAGCCCGCCCCUGCCCCGCCCGCCCUGGACCCGCCCUCGCCCCGCCCCUUCUGCCCAGGGGUUGGGGGCUGCCCUCCUGGCCCACCCUGCUCCCAGCCCGCUUCCCCUAUACCUGAGCAGGGGCUCGGAGACACCGUCCCCAGCCCAGGCUCCCACUCUGUCUAACCUCCGGAUCCUCUCACCGAGUUGCAGGCCACUAACGGGAAGAGCCCUGAUUCCCAGCACGGGGAGACAGCGAGUGGCCACUGUAGGGGUGCCCCCCACCCUCUCUCCCUGUAACCUGGCACCUGUGGUUCCGAGGCCCCGGGCAACCUCUGUGCUGCCCGGUGGUGGUGAGAGGCACCGGGUGGGGCAGGAUGCGGUGUGGGGCGUCCCAGAGGGCGCAGAUUUAAGGUUGGGGACGGGACCAUUGUGCAGGGACGCAGGGCCCAGACUUGGCAUGGAAUCUGGUAGAGGCCCCAGGUUGUUUGGUGAGGCAGCUGGAGCUCUCUGGCUUGAGCUCAAGCCUUGGCAGCAGGAGGGCGGUGGGGAUGGGGGCCUCUCAGCCUGGGACUCUGGGUGCACUGUCCCCUGUCCUUGGCCCACCUGGGGCAGGGUGUGUCCUGCAUCCUGCCUGGGAGGGCGGUGAUCGCCUGGGGCCCUUCCCCAUCUCCAGGAGGGCUUGGCCUGCCCUCUCCGUCCCCACCCUGGAGGCCACUUCCUGGGGGGAGUGGGGGUGCAGUACACAGGUUUCCAGAGCACCCUUGAGGGUUCACAGCACAAUUCAGAUGGUUUGGAGCACAAUUGUGAAGCACACUCUCACCUGGGGCCCAACUUUCUUGCUAGCGGCAGCUUCUUUCCUGGAAUGGAGGGUCCUUAGAGUUCAGGGGCUUGUACCCAGGAAACCUCACCCCUGGGGAAAGAUGGAUAAUUUCACUGCCCUCGUUGGGCUGCCACUCACUCUCCUUGUGCAAGCACAGUCAGCAUGGCGUGCACAUCGUGUGCAAAUACCUCGGGAGCCUUCCCCAAGAUGCCCAGCCCUGUGGAGGGGAGGCCGUGGGCAGUGCUGUGGAUGCAGGAGCCUGCCGAGAGGAAGGGCCGGGUCUCUGUCCUGGGGCCCAGCGCCCCCAGCCUCCCACCCACUCUGACCUGAGGCCUCCCCUGGAAGCGGGCUGCUGUCAGAGUACAGGCCGGGAGGAUCCGAACCCGGCUGGACACAGUGCCUGCAAAGGGAUGGAUGGACUGGUGGCAGGAUGGUUGCAUGGGUGCGUGGGUGCGGAUGAAUGGAAGGCGGGCAGGCAGGCGGGACCCCAGGACUCCAUCUCUGAGGGCUGCCGUGGGGAGAGCAGCAGCAGGUCACAGCGCUAGGUCUGGGCAUCUUCAACGGAAGGCCGUGCGUUCCUCUUGUGUUCUCAGCAUGGGGAGGGACAGACUAGGUCCAGAGUUCCUUCCCUCAUCCCUCAGCCGCUCAGUUCCCCCCUCUUGCCUGAAGGGGGUCCAUCCUCCCACCUUGCCAUUUCCUUCACUCACCCCUCCCCCAUCUGCUCCCGUUUCCAGCCCUCUGGCCACACCUGUCCUUUUUGAGCAUGAUGCGGGGGAGGAGACCCAUGUCUCCCUAAAGACAUGAGCCUUCGAGGCGCCACAUCCCUCCUUAGCCACCCUCACCUCACACCUCCUACCUGGCCCCCAUGCCUAAUCCCAGCAGAUUUAGCAACAGGAGAAGCAAGGCCCCAGGAGAGACACUCUACUAUAUAUACUCUCUACAUAUUCUAUUUCUAUUGUAUAUUCAAUCUGUACAUGUGGGUGUAAAUGCUGUUAACUGACAAACCCAAUAUUAUACUGUGGCUGGUGGACUAUUUUCAUCCUUAGUGCUGUACAGAUCUAUUUUCAUUGUAUAUUUGAUAUAUUUUUAAUUUUGUAGCGUGUGGCUGGGCCAGGCCCCAGCCUGCCAGCCUGCAGUAGGGCGGCUGAGCUGGGCUGUCUGCUGGUUCCUAGGGGCUGGGUAGUCCUUGUAGCCUUUCGCCGUAGGCCAGGCCCUGUCCCGGCUGUGUCUCUGCUGCAUUAGACACGGGGCCUGGAGCUUGGUGUAUGCGUGUGUACGCGUGUAUGUGUGUGGCGUGUGCACAUCCGUGGGCGUGGGUGUGUGUGUAGGGUGAUUUGUGAUUCCCAGUGUUCACCGCCUUCCUGAAGACCACACCGCCCUCCCCCGGCCUCCUUCUCCUCCCGGCUGUGAGGCAAGGCCUCGGGGCAGGGUGCUGUGGGGGAAAGGCAGGUGUUUCUUACGGGUGACUCACUGCCUGCACACCACUGGGCUUGUGGGGAAACAGGGAAGGAGGGGCUUUGCGGGGGGCGGGGGGGGGAAGUCCCUAAAUUUAUUUUCUAGCCAACCUCUCGCUGUUCCCACUGGACUCACAAACUCUUCAUCCUGAGGAAAAGCGCUGGGUUUCUUAAGAUGGUGAGACCCCAGGAGAGCAUCUCACAGCAUCUCCGUCCCCUUUGUCCUUGAGACGGUUCUGAAAGGAACAGCUUUCCCCUGCGCUGCUGACACACACUCCUGUCCUCACGCCUCAGGGGAGCUGGGAGUGGGGGGAAGCCUGGGGCCAAGGACGGGGGCAUCUGACCAGGUACCAUCCAGCCCCAGAUCCCCCGGAGGAGCGGGGGUGCCGGAGAGGGGUGAGCCCCCACAUCCUUAUAUGGGCUCCCCAUCCCUUACUGGAUUUGGUGCUGUCCACGCAGUGCCCACAGGGGACGGUGGACUCGGGGCAGGGCGUGUCUGAAUGAGUCCCCUGGUCCCUGCUCCUGCCUGUCCUCCAGGCCCCGUCACCAGCUUCUUGCUCAGAUGCCCUCUGUCCACUGAGCCAACAUGAAGCCCGAGAUCCAGCUGGGGAUGGAUGGGGAGGGCACACUGGUUGAUUGACACCAGCACGGUUGGCCUUGCCCUCCAGCAGGACAUCUGAGGGGACAUCCAGCUCCUAGUGCCAGGAGAAGCCUUCGUGGGUCUCCUGCCACAGGCUGCGGCUGGGGCUGGAAGCUGUGUUGUGCCGGGCCCCAAGCAGGCCUGCAGUAUUAUGGGCGGGGGGGCCCCCUUCUGGCCCUCCUCACAGCGGCACCCCCAGAGUACUCCCGUGGUAGAAAAGAGUGGAGACCACAAGUUGGAACGCACCUGACUCUCUGAGCAUCCACGAGGCCUUGAAACUGGGGGCCUGCUGCCCCCCCUCACCGGAAGCCUAAUGACUGGGGUUGGGAGAAGGAGGGCCCAGCGUCCGUCCUCACCCCGAGCGCUGCUUUGUAUAGUCCCAAGCACACAUGGCAGGCAUCGCUUUUGGUUCUGGUGCAAGUUCAGAACAAUUCAAGUCCAUGUGCCCUGUGACGGGCCAGAGCCCUGGGUCCAGACCACGCAGCCCAGGGGAGGGGAUGAGGCAUCAUCACCCACCAGAUCCCCUCCUUUCCUCUCCUCCACCCCCCUCAUGGUGUGCAAUAAAGUGUCUGUUCUUACCAAA